CCAUGCUAGAGCGGAUAGACGGAAAGAGCGUACUAUAUACUAUAAUAAUAAAACAAUUUUCUCUAACCUCAAAAUCAAGCCACGCGAUUUCUCGGCCUUUGUCUCAGAAAUCCCCAAAAUUUCCAUCCCAAAUUGCUUUUCUUUCAUCUCCUUGCAUUCUUUCUACACUUGAUUAUGCCCUUCUCUUUCCACACCCCAAAGCCAAACCUUUCCCAACCCUAACCCUAAUUAAUCAUUCUCUCCUUCCCCUUUUCCAAGCUGUUCCAAUCUCUCUAACCACUGAUUUUUCUCCUUCAAUCCUCCACCAUCGAUCUCCGAUUCCAGCUCUGCAACCGCACGCGAAGUUGUUCGUGAUUCUCUUAUUCGAGAGUUUCGAUCGCAGAGGCUCGUCCAAAUCCGAGUUAGCAGUUUCGCCUCCUUCACGUUCUUCCCCGAGUUGGGUCGGUUGUCGAAGCGCGACCGUUGGAAAUUGUUGCUGUUCUUCCUGCUAUCGAUUCGACGAUUGCAUCGCUCAGCUCCUAACUGUCGCUGUGCCGGUGCUACGGUGGUUUCUGUUUCCAUAGAGGGCUUCGACGGAGAUUCUUCUCUUGGAUCGGUCGUAUUUGGAAUACUCUGAUUUGUGAUGGUUUUCAUUGAGAGCAGCUGCAACGGAAUCUGAAUUAGCGGAGGUUCUGAAUGCGUAACGGAAUUUUGUGAAGAAGUUCAAGAUUCCGCGUUGAUUUUUGCUGGCAGAAGAGAAUUCUAGUAGUGUUCGUGCUCUCGGCCUCGGCCUCGGCCUCGGCCUUGUGGGUUUGAUUUGAUCGAUCUUAACCCUAGUAAUUUGCAAGUGGAGGACAAAAACAGAGAAAAGAAGAAAAAAGAAAUAGAGCUUUGGAUAUAGUAUUGUACUGUGUUUUGUUUUGAUUUCUUUAAUAUCAAGGGCCAUUCUAGUUUUGGAAUUUCAUAGGCCCUUUUAAUUCAUCGUUUAUUUUUGUUAUCAUUGAUCUUAAUUUUUUUUAAAAUAGAAAGAAUAAAUAUACCAUGGCGGUGUAUUAUAAAUUUAAGAGUGCAAGAGAUUAUGAUUCAAUUCCCAUGGACGGUCCUUUCAUCUCUGUUGGUACAUUGAAAGAAAAAAUAUUUGAAUCCAAGCAUUUAGGCAGGGGUACUGAUUUUGAUCUCGUGGUAACCAACGCCCAGACCAAUGAAGAAUAUCUUGAUGAAGCAAUGCUGAUUCCUAAAAAUACCUCAGUGUUAAUUCGUCGGGUUCCUGGUCGGCCACGUUUACCAAUUGUUACUGAACUAGAGCAAAAAAAGGUGGAAAAUACGGCUACGGAAGCCGAACCAGAAAACAGCAGCUUACCAGCUGAAGAUGCAUCUGCUGUAAAAUAUCCAGAAGAUUCAGAUUGGGAUGAAUUUGGAAAUGAUUUGUAUGCAAUUCCUGAUGUACCACCCAUUCAAUCAAGCAACUUAAUUCCUGAAGCUCCUCCAACCAACAAAGCUGAUGAAGAAAGUAAGAUAAAGGCUUUGAUUGAUACUCCUGCCUUGGAUUGGCAACGUCAAGGAUCGGACUUUGGUGCUGGUAGAGGUUUUGGAAGAGGUAUGGGUGGACGGAUGGGGGGUGGUCGUGGUUUUGGGCUGGAGCGGAAAACACCUCCCCAAGGCUAUGUAUGUCACAGGUGCAAGGUUCCUGGCCAUUUUAUUCAGCACUGCCCUACAAACGGUGAUCCAAAUUAUGACAUCAAGAGAGUUAAACAACCUACUGGUAUUCCGAGAUCCAUGCUGAUGGUCAACCCACAAGGUUCCUAUGCACUACCAAAUGGUUCAGUAGCUGUAUUGAAGCCAAAUGAGGCUGCUUUUGAGAAAGAAAUAGAAGGUUUACCUUCUACCACACGUUCUGUUGGGGAUCUACCACCUGAGCUCCACUGCCCCUUGUGCAAUGAUGUGAUGAAAGAUGCUGUGCUGACAAGCAAGUGCUGUUUUAAAAGUUUUUGUGACAAAUGUAUUAGGGACUAUAUUAUCUCCAAGUCCAUGUGCAUAUGUGGUGCAACAAAUAUUCUUGCAGAUGAUCUUUUACCAAAUAAGACCCUAAGAGAUACUAUUAAUCGUAUAUUGGAGUCAGGCAAUAGUAGUGCUGAAAACGCUGGGAGCACCUUUCAAGUUCAAGAUAUGGAGUCUGCUCGUUGUCCACAACUGAAGCUUCCAUCUCCAACCUCAUCAGCUGCAUCUAAGGGAGAACCAAAGGUUUCACUUGUUCAUGAAGGAAUGACAAAUGUGCCGGAAACUGUUGAUGAUAAAAAAACAGUUUCUGCUCCAGCUCCAUUGCAAACAUCCGAGCAAGUGAAGCCCAGAAUGCCUGAUGUAAGUGAAGCUACACAUGAGUCGAUGAGUGUAAAGGAACCAGCCUCACAAGGGAGUGCUCAGUUGGUUGAGGAGGAAGUCCAGCAAAAAAUGGUUCCUGCCGAGGCAGGAAAGAAGAAAAAAAGGAAGAAAGUCCGUUUGCCUGCAAAUGAUUUUCAGUGGAAAACCCCACACGACCUUGGGGCUGAGAGCUACAUGAUGCCAAUGGGCCCAGCACCUGGUUACAAUUCAUACUGGAAUGGCAUGCAACCUUGUAUGGAAGGAUUUAUGGGACCAUAUGGUGGCCCGAUGCAAAUGAUGGGUUAUGGCCUGGGCCCAUUGGACAUGCCAUUUGCAGGUGGUCUGCCUCAUGAUCCAUUUGGAAUGCAGGGUUACAUGAUGCCUGUUGUUCCACCUCAUAGGGAUCUUGCUGCUGAGUAUGGCAUGGGGAUGAAUGUUCCACCUCCAGUUAUGAGUAGAGAGGAGUUUGAAGCUCGGAAAGCUGAUCGUUGGAGAAAGCGUGAAAAUGAGAAACGGAUUGAUAGGGAUUUCUCCAAAGAUCGAGAUUUUGGUAAGGAAGCGAGCAGUAUUGGGGAUGUUCCUAUGAAAUCAAAAACUAAAUCACUUCCAGCACCUCCAAGUAGUGAGUACCAUCAUCCCCAACCCCAUUGUUACCGUGCGGAACGUGUGUCACCUGAUCGGUCUCCACGUGAGGUGGAGCCUCCACGUCCUAUCAAGAGAAAAGCUGACUAUCAUGUGGAACGGGAACGGGAAUGUGAACGUGACCAUGAUCAUGAUCGUGACCAGAGGGACCACCGUGAUCGAGAAAGAGGCCAUCACCACCAUCGCCACCACCGGUCAGAAUCCUCUUCCUGGAUGUCAUCUGAACCGGUGACCAAAACCUCCUCAACUGCACCAUCAUCUGCAGCUGCAGCUGCAGACCGCAAGCAGAAGGCCAGUGUUUUCUCCCGCAUAAGCUUUCCCGCUGAGGAAGAAAUGGCCAAGAAGAGGAAGAUAUCUGCCUUUCCCACAAAUGAAGCUGCUUCAGCUGGUCCCACUGCCACAUCUUCAGCGCAUCUCAAGGCAGCACCGAAAGGCUACCAUGAAGGCAGGAAGAGCAGCACGAUUUCUGAAUAUGAGUCCAGUGAUGACGAGCGGCAUUUCAAACGGAGGCCAUCAAGGCACAAGUUGUCUACCUAGACUAAAACGCAGCUCUUCAUUUUCUACUUAGGUCCAAUUUGGAUAAAUAACUUAAAUAAGUUCUUUUGGAAGAAGAGUUUAAAUGAUAAGGACUUUUAUUAAUAGUAGUUUAUAAAUAAAUUAUUUUACAUUUGGAUUUUGUUAUAGAAAUACUUAUUUUAAAGUUGUAGCGAUUUGGAUAAAUAAUUCAAAAAAUACAAUUUUUUUACACAA